ACAGCUUGUUUUUCGGCAAAAUGCGAAGAGAUAAAAGCCGGGGCAAGGUCACCGCCAGAACAGUUCACAUCGAGAUGCGUUGCCGCUGGGAGUACCUGAUCUUAGCUGUGCUGCUGCUGGCCGUGCUGGCCCAGAUGACCGAGGCGGCGCAGGCCAACCGGGCAAGAAGGAGAUUGAGGAACGGAAACGUCCGCAAACUGGCAACGAAUAGGAGUCAAGCUGUGGCCAAGACCGCCCGAAGCAGACAAGCUGUGAGAAGAGGCACCUCUGUCGCAAAGAAGACCUCCCCGAGCAAGGCAUCAAAGACAGCGACACCCGCCAAGAUCCAGUCGAAGAUUGUCGGUGGCACUACGACGACCAUUAGCACGGCCCCAUACCUAGUGCAGGUGCGUCGCGGAACCAGCCUGUGCGGCGGCUCUUUGAUAUCCACCCUUUGGGUUCUCAGCGCCGGACACUGUGUGAAGGGGCAAACUGCCUCGUCGUUUUUGGUGCGCGGAGGAACCACCACUCUAGACGGCAGCGAUGGCGUGGUGCGCUCCGUGGUCUUUACGGCCGUGGCACCCCGUUUUACUACCACGAAAAUGAACAUGGACGCCUCACUGCUGAAGCUGAACGAAACCAUGACAGGCACCAACAUUGCCACCAUCUCGAUGGGGUCCUUCGUGCCCAAAGCGGGCUCCAGGGUGCGCAUCGCGGGCUGGGGUCUGACCAGUGAAGGCGGCAGCACUUCCCGGACGCUGCGGGCCACGCAGAUCACGGUGGUCAGGCAGCGUGUUUGCAGCCAGGACUACGGCAGAUUGGCCACCAUCACCAAAUACAUGUUCUGCGCCCGCGGCAAGAAGAAGGAUUCAUGCAGCGGCGACUCCGGCGGUGCAGUAACCAGAGAUUCAACGCUGCUGGGCAUUGUAUCGUUUGGCUAUGGCUGCGCCAGGUCCGGAUAUCCCGGCGUGUACACAGCAGUGGCCAGGAUCCGAACAUGGGCCAACCGCAUAAUGUCGAACAAUUAGGAUCUUAAACCCUGAGAGUCACUGAACCUACGACCUACAAUAAUAAGCCCACAAGACAGGGCUGUUUUGCUUAAUCCAUAAAUAAAUCCAGUUAAAGACAA